AUGAAAGAACAGGAAAAGGAAGAUCUUGGUUAAGAAACAAUCCCAUCUUAAACAAGUAAAGCAGAGGGGAAAAGCAAUAAAAAAGCUGAUGAAAACGAUCCAUGGAAUUAGCUUUUAGAAAGUGAAGAACCUGAUAAAGCAAAAUAAUAGAAUUCAAUGACUUUAGAAUCUAUUUUGGAUAUUAGUAAUAUAUUAGCUCCGAAUGAAAAUUAAAGUAAAGAAGACGAUGAAACUUUUAAGAAUGAUGAAUGCAUAGAAAAUAAUUUUAUUGGUGAACAAUAAAACAAGCCAAAAACGAAAAAUGGAUCAUUUGAAAAUUAAUUUGAUCAAAAACUAGAUAAUGAUCAAACAUACAAUGAAGCAUCAAACUAAAAUUAAGGAGAGAAAAAGUAACAAUACUAAAACUAUAAGCAAUAAAUAGAGAAUUCUCCAUUAUAAUUAAAGAAAAACUUAUCUGGUGUAUAAGGAUAACCCAAUAUUGGCAGCUAUAGUUUUAUUAACUCACCUUUACCUUAAUUAUAAUUUUCUAAUAAGAGCGCUAGCUAUAAAGAGCAAGGAUAUUUGCAUAUCUUAAGAAAUCAAAAGGGAUUCUUAAAUCAUGAAGGUUCUUUAUAGUCUUUAGAAAAUGAAAAUUAGUUUGAAUUAUCUUUGCCAAGCACUAAGCAAAAUUUAGAUUAAAACGUUUACUCAUUCAAUAUUGGUAUUGAGUAGCUCACUAAUUUAACUAACCAAAAUUAGAGAAAGGCACUUUAUGAUACAAUGAAAACAUUCCUUGAUAGCUAGUAAAAAGUGUAAAUAAUAAAUAAUUUUGAAGAUAUUAUGUAUACCUCGACAGGAAUAUAAUUUAAUAUAGCAAGUUAUAGAGAUGGAGAAAAAGGUAUGAAAGUCAUUGUUUGUCAUUCCUAAGAAAUGGAAAACAAAGUUAAUUAUAUUAUUGAUGAGGAAAGUAGUCUUACAGAAUAUUGUGACUUGCAAUUGUUAGAAAAAAUAACAUACAUCAUAGAUUUGUAAUAAAAUGAAAAUGAAUCAUAUCUAAAAAAGCUAAUCAUAAUUGUGACAGAGAAACCUAAAACAUCUUUCAAAAAAUUCUUGAGAUCAAAGCUCGAAAAUCCUUAAAAUUUCAAAGAAGAAUAAUUUAAAGGAUGCAUAAGAAAGUUGAUUAAAAACGUACUAUUUAGACAUGAUUCAUGUAUUGCUACUAAAUGUUUAUGCCCAUUUAAAAUUAAUUGUCUUUUUGAGCAUAGAAUUGUAGUUUGUGAUCUUGGCGAGUCUAUUGUCGAAAAAAACUUAAAUUUAAGGGAAGGAGACACAUUCAUCUAUUAAGAUCAAAACUAUAACGAGGCACUGUCUGUUUACAUGAGUCCACAAGAGCAAGAUCUAAUCUAAAAAAAUAGCAAUUAAUACUAUGAUCCAUUCAAGAGUGAAAUAUAUUCAUUGGGAAAGAUCAUUUUGGAAAUAUGUUUAAUUAAAUACUAAAAAUAUCUGAGGAAAAAAUAUGAUAACAUAUUGCAAGAUUUAUGUGAGUAAUAAAACACUAAAAAAACAACAAAGGAAUGGAUUCAUUCAGUUUUAUUGGAUAAUGAUUUAUCGUACAAAAUAGCGGGAGAACUGAAUGAUGUAGUUAAUGAAAUAAUAAUUGGAAAAGCAAACACUCAAUAUUACUUUAAGAAAGGAAUGCUGAGAAAGCUAAGGAUGUCAAAUAUAUUACAAUCUAUGUUGGAACCCUAAGAAGAAAAGAGAAUUUCAAGCAUAAAACUAGCUCUUCUAACACAAUCUGAAAAAUUGUUAAUUAGAAAUAGAAUACAAGAUCCAUAUCCGAUUUUUUUCAAAGGACAAAUGGCUCCUGACGGAUAUCAAAUUACAUAUCCAAUUAGAAAACUUAUUUAUGAAGGUGAGAUUGAUUCCAAUUCAGAAGAAAAGCACAGAAAAGGUCUAAUCAGAAGACAAUUAGAUUAAGAAUAAGAAUCAAGACUAAUACUUGAAUAUGGCUAAUUCCAUAAAGGAAGAGUCAAUGGUUAGGUUAAGAUGUUUAUAUUUUAAGAACAUUGGAAAUUAGAAGGACAGUGCUACAAUAAUAAUAUUCAUGGAAAGAACACUAUUAGUUAUAAGGGAUCAGAAGUAUUUAAAGGCUAUUUUAGCAAUUUUAUACUAGAUGAAUGGUAUGAUGUUGAUCGUUCAGAUCCAAUUAUUUAGAGUAUCAAUGCAGAUAAACCUCUUUUAUUUUAGCUGGAUAAUUAUAUUUAAGUCAUUGUUAAUAAUCAAGACAACUAGAUAAAGUGUUUUAAUGAUAAGGGAUUUGAUAGUCUGAUUGAGUUUUCGUCUCUUUAUGAUAGCCAAAGUAUUAAUACAUUUAAAAAAAUAGAACUGUUCAAUUGUGGUUCACCUAACAAAUUAGAAUAAAUAUUAAAGAAUAUUACAACUUUUACUUAUUUUAAAUCUGAGAAUACAUUUGUUAAUGUAAAUUUACUACUCUAAUAUCAGGUUAGAUUGUAAUAAAUCGAUAUAAGUAAUAGCUAGUAUUUUACAGAUGAUGAUGUUGUAUCUCUUGUCACCAAUCAAGUUUUAUAAUCUCAAUUAAAAAAAUUGUGUCUUGACUAUAAUAGCAAAAUUACACUAAAAGGUUUGAAAGAAUUAUCAAUUAAUAUUGCUAAUAUGCCUAAAUUGCAAUAUCUCAGCUGUAAAAAGAUAUGUUAAAUAAAUUAAACGACUGAAAAAGUCAAAUUGGAUGAUAUUUCUAAAGUGUUCAUCAGCCUUCUUACAAAUGCUUUCCAUUUAUUCUUUGUUGUCUUAGAUUACACUCCAAUAAAGGAUUAUGUGCUAGAGAAAGUAUUUGAAAAUAAAAAAUAAACUCAAAUCAAAUGGCAAUAUUUGAGUCUAAAUGGAUGUGAUGGAAUCACAAAAGAAGGUCUCAGAGAUCUAUUUUGCUGUAAGUAAUUAACUGAACUAAAAAAACUUGAUCUAAUGUAUUGUCCUAACUAAAAAUUUGAUUUACCUUCAAAGAACCUCAAAAUAUGUCCUCAAAUACUAAAUAUUGCAUACUCCAGUAAUGCCACAGGAAACUAACUUGAGAAAUUCAUUUCAAGAAAUCAAAUUGUUGCUUCAACUCUUUAAUAAAUUUCCAUGGAUGCCCAUGUUUUAGACUAGAAAUCAAAAGACAGCUUUAAAAAACUAACAAAUCCUCCUAUUAUUAUUCUUUGUAUUAAAGAAGUCACCAAAAUUCAUAAUGUAGAAAUUUGUUUGGACUUGCUCUCAUAAAUUAAAAACUCUUCUUUGUACUUCACAAGUAACAAACCAAUCCAAUAAAAUGAAGUAAAUCUAGUUUAUUCUUCCAGCUCUAAAUCUCAAUACGCUAAAAAAAUCAAAUUUAAUGUUUGGAAAGAUGGUGAAUUUAUAUCAGUAUUAGAUUCUUCAUCUCCUUCCAGCUCUAAAGUACCAUCAAAUUAAGAACUUGUGGAAGAUUUAAAUGAAGAUGAUACCGAAUAAAACCCUUUACUUAAAAAAAAUAAAAAAUAAGAAUAUAAAAAAGAAGCUACUAAGUUGCUUGGAUUUUUCAAUUAUAAACAAGAUGAGACCAAAUACACAGUUAGAAUCAUGACAAGAAUAUUUAAGAAUGCAAAUCUUUUAAGAUUAUCUCAUCUAGAUCUAUCAAACAUCUGUUUAGAUUUAAAGUCAUUGCUAAUGCUAACACAAAAUUCUUAUGUCAAAAAUAUUAUAACACUUGAUCUCUCUUCUUAGCAUAUUACUGAUUAAAUCAUAUAAGACUUUACUCUCUCCCCACACUUUACGAGCUUGCAGACAUUCAUAUUAAAGAAAAACAAUAUCACUAUCAAAUCUAUAAAUCUACUCGUAUAAUCUGAAAAUCUUAAACUAAAGCGCAUUAUCACAGACAAGCAAUCUCUUUCUGAAGACGACCUCUUUAGAAUUUAAAACGAAGAUCUCUCUAUAUUGAAAAUGAAAAUAUUUGGUUUCUUCAAAAACAUUGAAUCUAAUUACUCAUCACCAGCAUAAAUAAGAGAUAUUUCAAACAAAAUUAAUAUUUGCUAAAUACAAAUAUUCAAUAACAACGGAGACAAAUAUCUUUAUGUAAUUGAAGGUGUUAAAAGAGACACAAAAUUAAAUAUUUACACACUAAAGAAAUAAGACAACUCUUUUUCAGAGAGUUUGUGCAUAUCUUAUUGCUCUAGAGUUUUUGAGUGCAUGCAUAAGACUACUACAAAUUUAACAUUAAAUUUAAACGAACUAAACAAUAGCAAUCAGCCAGCUAAACUACAAUUUGUUUAAAAUUUUGGAUUGAUCAGUUCCAUAAAAAGCCUCAAAUUAUCAUUUGUAAAAACAAAGGGUAUUAAUGACCUGAUAAUACAAGCAGUACAAAGCUGCAAAUCUUUUUAGUAGCUCUUUGAUUUAACACUAGACUUAUCUUAAAUGCAGUUAAGUCCAAGCGAAUUUGAAACAAUUUGUAUUAACUUAAGAAAUAUUUAAAGACUAGAGAUAUUGAGUUUGCAUUUAAACUAAAUACAACACUUAAAGUAGCUUGAUUGGAAAUUCUUAUCAAGUCUUGGUGAAUCGACUAAACAACUACUUAACUUAUAAGAAGCCAAUUAUUCUUUAUAGUCUUGUACUAAUUUAACUGCAGAAUCUAUAGGAGAUAUGAUGAAGAAUAUGAUGUACUUAAAAAUUCAAAAACUUCAAUUAAAUUUAAAAUAAAAUUAAAUUAAAUAAGAAGAAUACAACCAUUUAAAUAAUUUAAAAUCUACCAAUUUUAUCAUUUGUGAUUUAUACAUUAAUAUUUGA